UUUUGGUAGUAGUGUAGACUAAACCAAAAUGGAAACGGAGAGCUGCUGAAAUUAAAAUAUUGAUUUUCUCCGCCGAAAUGGAACUUGUUUACAGCAUUGAUGUAUUUCAGAAACAGUUUUUAAAAGACUGGGUGUCCGAAGAACGCAACUGUAUUAAUCUUUCCUGCAGAAAUAUUCUGGCAUUGUUGAAACAAUCGGAAAUUCCCGAUAGCUCCCACUUUGACCGACGAUACGAGGUAGUUGUGUUAGACAUUGAUAAGCCAUGGGAACCUCACCAUGUGACAUCAGUUUCCAAGCAACUGUUACACAUUGUGUGGGAUACAACUGGAAACAAACUCCUGCUCAUUGAUGUGGAUGGAGAAUGCCAGGUGUGGGCCAUGAAGGAUCAUUUAUUGAAUGAGUGGCAUUGUAUUGGUUCAGUAGGCAAUGUUGGUGAGGAGGUUCUUGCUGUUAUGUGGUUCCACAACGGUUUACAGAUCAUAUUUGACCCAGAUAAGAGAGAUAAGACACAGUAUAUAGAGAAAUUUGUUCGCAAUAUGAGGUUCACACCUUCCCUGACACAGUUUGGUGGUAGUUUUGUGGAAGGCUGGGUUGUGGUAUCAGCAUCAGGAUUGGUGACUGUUGGUGUACAUCAGACAGAUGGAAGUAUUGUAACAUCAUCUGAAAGUUUAUCUCGGAAUCACAUGCGUCUUACAGCUGCCGACAUCGCUAACACAGGAAAUGGUGAUAUCAUGGUUGCUACAAGCGAUGGUCAACUCUCAUCAGCAAUUCAGUGCUUCUUGGUGUCAGUGAAAUUAUCAGGGAGGAAUAUUGCUAUAUCCUGUGUGAACAGUGCUAGCUUGUAUACCAAAACACAGACAGAAUAUGGAAACAGUGAAACUCACACAAGGAUCACCAAGGUGCUGUUUAUGAACAAUGAGAGUAGUGAUACACUGUUUAUCUGCUGUGGAAGCUCUAACUACAGUAGCCUGGAAGUCUGGCAACUUCUUGAACAGAUGUUACCCCAGCAUAAGAUGUUCUCACUUAACACAGCUCCAUACACUUCCAUCAAAACACACAAAUGGAUGCACAAAGCUACCAUACCCCACCCAUCUCAGCUUACCAGUAUAGCAGGUCCAAAAUUGCCAAUGAGUCGAAAUGUAGUGGAGACAUCAGGAUUUCUACCAUACAUUGCCAUGACAUAUAAAGACGGUACCUUGCAGCUCAUACAUAGGUACACGUUUCAACCGAUCUCAACAUCAAACUUAGACAGCAUUUGUCAGCCAGUGCAGUCCUUUUCCCCGCAAAGUAGUAACAAAAAACAGCAUUUGUCUCUACAGCUAUCAGCUUUGACCCAGACUGGUAGUGGAUGUGGUAUCUUUGGACUGCACGAUGGUCGUGUAUACCUGUUCAGCACGUAUAAUGGUAGUAGAGACAGCACGAUGCAGUUGUCACCUUCCAGUAUUGUACUGUUACUCGAGUAUGCUAUGGUGACAGGACAGGACUGGUGGGAUGUGUUCUUGGCAGUAAGACAAGGUAUGAUAAUGAGUAUAUGUCAGACAUUGACGGAGAACUUUGGGAAGCAGGUACACACGAUGCAGGACUAUGUGUUUAUGAGGUUACUCAGUAUGAAGAUGGGACUCUACAGCUGUUACAGUGCUGGGCAUCAGAAGGCUGUAGAUUACCACACCCAGUUAGUGCUGUACUCUAUUGGAAAUUACAUCAAAGCUAUACUGAAACCUCGCAAUAUAACGUCACAGGAUAAGGGACCAGCAGAGAAGGUGGGAAUACUGUGCAGCAAGCAUACAGAUGGAGAUAUAGACCAGAUUCUGAGAAGUUUGGACAAUGAAGAGUUUCAUGUAGACUUCAAAAAGAAAGACAAAGCUGAUGUGACUUUAUUAAGUAUGCAGCCAUUAAUCCAGUGGGUCUCCGACUUCAGUCUGCAGCUGCUCAGUGCAGCACCGAUGUUCCAGUCCUUCUCAAGCUUUACUGGAUCAUCCCUUCUCACCGACUCGACCGUGCUUCACCAACUGCGAGAGCUCCUUGUCAUCUUCAAAAUGUGGGGUCAGAAUUACCCAUCUUGUCUGCCAUCCUUUACAACCACCUCGGUGAAUCUCGAUAUAUUAAAACAUUUGUAUAAACUGCUAACGAGGGCCUGGAAUUGUUGUAAAGAAGGGAGAAGUAUUGAGUUUGACGAUACUUUAUUGGACGAGUGUAGUGUUUUACCGAGUAAAGUGUUCAUUCCAGGACUGUCUCAAAGUUUCCGUAUGGACAAUAUGGGAUUUACCGUGUUCACACAGUCAUUGCCGCUAGAGUUCAGAUUUGACGAAGAACCAGACUAUUUAUAUCAGAAAAAAAUAACAAAAUCUCACAAAAGUAUUGUUGAUCAAACAUCACACACAGAACAACAUCAUGAUAUUGUGAGGCAAAUACAUCUCGGAACCAAAGUAUCUGGCGAAACACGGAAAUGUACGCGAUGCGGAUGCCUGUCUCUGUUGAAAACUGUCGGUAAAUCUCAGACUAUGAUUUCUUGGGAACAAAGGUGGACUAGAAAUUGUUUGUGUAUGGGACAUUGGAAACUGGCCAUUCAGUGAAUACAUGUAUUAUAAAUGUCUAUGCCUGUAUGUGUUCAAGGUUUGCUUAAAUGUAAAUAUAUUGUCAAACCAAA